GUGAUUGCCAGUCAGUGAGCGCGAUGUGACUGUGGGAAGGGCUGAUUCUCCACCGCCAUGGGGAACGGCAUGAAUAAGGUGCUGCCCGGGCUGUACGUAGGCAACUAUCGUGACUCCAAAGACGCGUCGCAGCUCGACCGCUUCAACAUCACGCACAUCGUCGCUAUCCAUGACGCCGCCCGCAAACUGCACUCGGACAAACACUACCUGUGUGUGAUGGCAGCCGACACCCCCGACCAGAACCUCACCCAGUAUUUCCCCCUGUGUAAUGACUUUAUCCACGCGGCUAGACUCAGAGGCGGCAACGUGCUCAUCCACUGUCUUGCGGGCAUGUCAAGGAGUGUGACCGUGGCUGUAGCAUACAUCAUGAGUGUCACGCAACUCAAUUGGAAAGAAGCACUCAAAGUCGUCCGAGUCAGUCGCGCUGUUGCAAACCCUAAUUUUGGCUUCCAGAAACAACUGCAAGAGUUCGAGCUGUACAGGUUAUCCGAGGAGAGGAGAAGACUGAAGGAGAGGUUCCCCAGUCUGGCCCUGGUGCAAACAGAUGAGGAGGAGUGCCGUCUGAUGCUCAACUCCUACCAGGGUCUGCUCCUUAGUAAGGAUCUGUGUGAGGGAAAGUGUGCCCUAGGAGAGGUCUGUCCUACAGGUCUCUGUAGAUCUCCAAGUAAACGGAUUUUACGGAGGAAGUCAUCAACAACAACACCGCCUCAAUCUCCCCGCCUGCUGCCGGCCACCCCGACCAGCAACUCCCGCUCCUCGACCAGUCUCAACAUGAUGGCGAGUAGUGGGCCAUCUGGCGGGCGACGUCCCCGCAGCGGACCAGGCGGUCUCUCUAGCUACGCCGGCACAUCGGCACCCCAGUCACGUGCCGGAUCUCGCUACGAUCUCAGCGCGAUUCCUGGGGCCUCUCUACCGCCCUCGCGCGCCGGAUCACGUCAGGACAUGCACACGGUGGGUGGAGGAGGGCCGAGUCACGUGUCGGCGCCCUCCACUCCCCAGAUGUCCCCACACCACUUCGCUCGCCGCCAGCCGCCACUGCACGAACUCGAGUCGUGAGCGUGUCGAUCUUCAACAUUACCGACUCAAAUCAUUUGCACUUUGAUUUUGACAAUCUGUAGCAGUAGAUUUAGUCAAUUUAUGUCUUACAAGUACAACUUCAUAAUUUUGUAGAACUGAAAUGAACUGUACUUUUUUGUGUAUGAGUCGUUCAGAUGAAAUUCAUGCGUUAUACAUAUCUUGAAAUUAUUUGUUUCGUCUUGGAACAGCCUUGUUCGUUACUUUUUCUUUUGUAUGAAUCUGACCAAAACAGAAAUAAUGCUCAAAUAUUACGUAAUGAUAUUGUUUAUUUGACUAUGAACCGGUUAAGGAGAUACAACUGAUUGUGAUUAGUCCGAGAUUAUCACUGUUAGUUAACGUUUUAAGAUGACGUAAACCAUUUGGAAGCUGGUAUAGACAGUAUAAAUUAUCAAAUGCAUUUCUAUGCUUGUCACAGAAUUCUUAGUUUGAAUCUUUCUUGUGUAUUCUUUUUAUAAAAUCCUAAAUUAAGAAAUAAAAUAAAUCUUAGUUUUUAGGCUAAUGCGGCCAGUGACGUCAUCUAAGAUUUCCGGUUCACAUUGUGUAGAAAAACAUUGCUUGCACUAUUGAAUUCUUGAAAUUGAUUUUAAUUAAACCCUUGAGAAACGUUUAACUGUGUUUCGACGCAUUUCAAGAAUUUAAUUGUGGAAGCAAUGUUGCGAUAUUCUUUGAGCCGAAAAAACUUAGAUGAUUGUAAUAAAUUUUGUGAAUUUGUGAUUUCAAUUUCAUUGAUAUUACGAAUCUCAUUUAAAUAGAUAAAUAUUUUAUAAUAGUAAUAGAGAAGAAUUUCAGUAUCCUCAAUUUCUAACUUAGUAAUUAAGUCUUUUCCGUCCACCAGUUUGUAUUUUCAAUAAAGACAAUAGUCUAUGGUCGUCCAAAAAGAUUCUACAUCCCUUUUUUUAUAAACAAACAGGUUUUAUUUUGAAUUUUCCUUUAUUUAUAAAUAAUUUGUUAGUAAUGUCAUUUCUUAGUAAUAUUAAUAAUAUAGGUCAAUCAAUAUGAUUCUAUAUUGGAGGGAGAAUAAACACAAGGGAAUGUAUGAUCCCAAGGAAUAAUGAAUUAAAGUCGUUUAAACCAUGCUUCAAACUUUAAUGCUUACUUGUAAAUAACGUCUAAAUGAAUCUAUUAAGAUAUAUUUUAAUAUUAUGUAGUAAAAUGUCAUAAAUAAAUUCUAAUAAUAAUAAUCAUGAGAAAAUUAAUAUUUUAAACUACCAGCAAUUUACUAUUUGAGACCACAUAAAAAUACAGUUUAAUACUUGUUAAUAUGUUUUAGAAUCAUAACAAAAGGUUUAGUAAGUUUUAAAAUAAAAAGUAUAUAGUUGAUCCAAAGUAGACUGUCUUAUUUAUUGGUUUGUCAGUACAAGUUCGCGUAAUGUUUUUAGUGGACUUAACGCACAUAUUGUCUGUCGAGGUUCUUAACUCUUUGUCAAAACGCUUUGUUAUGACUUUUUGUUAGUUAACAUAGUCUUCUUAGUAUACGUUUUACUAUGUCUUCUUACUGUAUGUUGGGUUAUUUAUCUAUCUGAAGAAGAGACUAAGUGGUCUAAUUUAAAAUAUCAUAAUUGUUUAAAUGCCUGACUCCCAUUACUGUAUAUUGAAGAAGCACUACGCCAUGAUCAUCAAUCAGUCAUUAUCAACUUUAACAAUAUAGCAUUGCUGGGUCUUCUUUGAAUAAUUCCUUAAAUUCCUUUAUUCAGCCACCUUUAUCUUUUCCAGCAUCCAUACUCACCUCUUUCUCCCACCUUUUCUAUACUUCUUCAAUCCCCAUAUACUUGCUUAUCCAUUCUUCUUUUUAUAUUUUCUUUGGCAAUCUAUGUUCCCAUUUCCUCCUCUUCAUAUUACCAAAACCUUUUUCAAUUAAUUCCUUAUUUAGUCCCUUCUAAUCAAUUGAGCAUUGCUCCUCAGAAACAAUGUAGGCAACCUUGCAACCUUUUAUCACCGUAUUCCAUAAUAUAAGUCCAUGCUCAAAUUAAUAACAUAGUUAUGAAUUCCAUGAACUAAUUUUUUAUAUUUUAGUAGCACAACUUGCUUCUCCUUUCUUGUCUUCUUUGUCCAAUCCCACCAUCCUUCAAUACCACGCAAUAUAGAUGUUUUUAAACUGUAUAAAUAUUCAACAUGAUAAAUUUAUAAGAAGUCAAAUUAAUGGCGUUCUAAACAUAUAGGACUUCUUCAACUAGGAUGUACCUUUUCUGAAGUGUGUAUUAGUGACUGAAUAACAAAAUAUACCAGAAAACAUAUAUUAGGAGACUUGUUUCACUGGCAAAUUUUUAUCAAUGAAUUUGAAAUUUGCAUUUAAAAUUUCAUCAUACAUAAAAAUAUCUUUAAAACUAUUUAAAUUUCUUUUUUGAAUUUUAUUAAAGGAUGCAGAGGAUAAUUCAUUCUUUAAAUACAAUGCUAAGAGUAACAUGUAAAUUUCACAUUUUUGAAUGCAUUGCUUAAUAUUUAAAAAUCAUUGUUUUAGUGCUCUAAGGCAAGACUUUAACUGAAUUGAUAACAUAUAAUUUGAAUAAGAAUGGUGAUAUUACUUAAAAUAAAUUCCUAAAUCCUUAUUUUCAAUUUAAGUCUAAGAUAAGUGUGCCCAAUUGUGUUACUUACCGAGCAACAUUAUUUUUAAUUCAAUUUCAUAGUCAUCUUAAUCUUGCAAUAGCCGGUUAUGUAAUUAUAUUGUACUAAAAUAUUUUAACAUUAUCUUGGAAUUUCUUUACUUUUUUAUUAUUGUUGAUUAUUUAAACUGUUACCUCUAAACCAUUCUUUUUUUCCUCUCAUUUCCAUCUUUGAUUAAGGAGAUUAAAAUCACAAUUAUUCUGAGUUGUUUCAUUAUUCUGAAACAUUCCAAAAAUGAUUAAAACAAUUGUUAAGACAAUGAUUAAAACAAAAUGAUUAAGUCAGAUUAAAACAAUAGAUAGUGAAACAGGAAUAAUUAAUUGAACUGAGCACUGAGUUACUCAUAAGUCAAACCUUUGAAACAGGAUUUUUUUAUAUUUGCCGUUGUUCAGUAAUACAAAAAAUCUGACACACUAGUUACAUUUUUAGAUCUGCAUUCUGAUCUCUUCCUGAGAUGAGAAUACAACUAAGAUCUAGUUUAAAAAUAACAAAUCAUACAGAGUGUUGUGACACGUAUAAGACAGGAAUCACAACAAACAUGUCAACUUCAUGCACACUAACUUAUCAUCCAUCAUUCACAAUGUGUCAAUGGCCUGGAAAAGAGAGAACAUUUACUAAGAGUAUUCUUAUCCUUUUUAAAGCUUUUGACUACAUGCAUCAUGCUACACUUUUGCACCAAUUAAGGAAAAGUGGUAUUCAGGGUUUGUCACAUGAUUGGCUCACUUCUCGUCAGAAAUGAUAAGAUUUAUGCAGAUUGCAAAGGCACAGUGAAAAUGUCCUAUGAUGUCCCUCAGGGAUCAAUAUUGGGGACAGUUAUUUACCUCAUUUACCUCAACAGGUUGAAUUCUUCAAUACAGAUUGGAAAUAUCAUUCAAUAUGAUGACAACACGACUCAUUCUGUAUUAGAUCAAAAACAAAACAAUCUUGAAGUGAAAUAAUUAAUAGAGUUGAUAGUACAGAUGCAUUGAGCAUUUUUCAAGAAUUAAUUUUAAAACAAAAUUCAAAAACAGAAAGCGUCUCCUCAGAGGUUGCUUCUAGCAUUUAAGUCCUGUGUAACUUCGCAAAAUGUUGUUCUGUGAACUUUUUAAAUGGCCUGAUAUAUCCACAUUUAUCUUAUGUGUUCACAUUUUGGGACAAUUUUUCUAAAUACAAACUUGAAAGAGUGUUUAGAACAUAAAAAGCUGACACAAUUAGUUUAAACUUAAACUCCAGAGAGUCAUUCAAAGAUGAUUUCAGGGAGCAUGAAGUGUUACUGCACUCUGUCUCCAUAUUCUCAGGUUACCCUGUACUGUUAAUUCAAAUGCUAAUAUCCACCAAUACGAGAUGAGAACGGUGACAUCUUCAAAAAUUAAAACACAGAACGACAGUGUUUCAACACUUGCUGUCUCAUAUUGGUGUGAGACCAAUCAAUAACUACCUUGAGAGUAUUAUACAUCUAAAUAAUCCCAAAGAAUUCAAAUCUCGAUUGAAACACCUUCAGGUAUGAUAGGCAUUUUACACCAUUGAAGAGUUCAUGAUGGGCUACUGAAAAAAUACUUCAAAAUUAUAACUGAUAAUCAAUGUAAAACCCCAGUUUUGAUAUCAAAAACUAUAUCCAAAAAUCUUGUAGUAGUAUUGAUUCAUCCUAUGCAGUUGUAUGAUUGUUUGUGCAAUAAUUAAUAUUAUUAUUAUGCAAUUAUUAAAAUCAAAACAUUAAUAUUAAAACUGAACUAAGAUUUCUUCAUUUUAAACUAGAUUUUAGUUAUUAUGUUAGAUUAGUUAUCCACCUGAGGAAGAGAUCAGAAUCGAGAUGUAGUGUUAUUGAUUUCUUGUAUCACUGGACAAUAGAAAAUGUCCAAAAAAUUCUGUUACCUUCUAUUUUCAAAGAAAAAACUUAAACAAAGAAUCUAUAACCUUUCAUAACAUAAAGAGUUACAAUAACUAUGUUUAACUUUAUCUGUACUCUAUUUAGGUGCGUCUUGCUGGUUCCUUAUCACAGAGUCUUUCUAAAACUUAUUGAAAAUUCAGUAUAAAUAUCUAUUAGGAGUAUUGUAUAAGGUCUGUUAGUUUUCCAACUAUAAUUUAAAUAAUCUUUUUUUGUUUUUUUUAUCAAAAGAUGUUAUAAGGUAAGUUUCCAUAAAUGUGUAGUUACGUAUAAUAUUAAUUUAUUCGCCUAAUGUUAGAUGUAGUUUUAAUAUAUAAUUUAUUUUAGUUACAGCAUUUUUAUCUUUUAUGUUCAUUAUUGGUUCAUUUGAGUGUUGUGAGUAAUCAAACUGGAGUCAGAACUAUAGAUUUCAGGCACUAGUGUGUAUAUGUAAAUAUUUAUAAAAGCAUUAAACAUGAGACUUUUUAUCCCUAUUGUAAUUUUUCAACAUCUUUGUAUUAUAAAAUUUACGAUUUGAUUCAAAUGAUGAUUUUAUCUCAUAAACAAUAUUUAAGAGUACACCUGCCAAAUAAAAAAUCUGAAUCAUUUGGUAAAGCUAAACUAUAUUUAAGUGCAGGACAUUUUAUAAUUAUUUGUAUUCAAAAACACAAUAUCUGUGACGUUAAGUUGAAUGUAUAUAUUUUUAAUAUUUUUCUUGCCAAAUCUGUUGAUAUAGCACACUUUUUGGAAAAAAAGCAAUAAGCACGUACUAUAUUAAAUAAUUUCAAAUAAAUUUAGAACUAGCAGCGGUUGACUCAUUCGUGAUUUAAUUUUAGUUUACUUCAGUCAAGCAUUACAUUAUUAUUUUUGUGGUUUAUACAACUUUAAUUAAAUGGGUGAACUAGACAACACAUUGUACUCUUAACAAAGAGAUAGCCUGCACUAAUUGCAUAAUUUUUGUCAAGAGACGGUUUAACACUGAACUCGAUUGCUAUUUAAUAGAAUACAGGAGCUAAUGAUUACUUAUGAGAGAAGCAAUAAAACAUGGAAAGUGAGAAACAGAUUUGUUGUGCCUUGAUUCUGGUUUGUCGGCUGGCUAUAUCAGUUGUGAUACAUGUUGAGGUGUUGUUGAUGUAAUUUAUAAGGUUGUUAAUUGUUGGACCGUUCUGCCUGAAAAGAACCGUUGUUAUUUUUUAAACAGAUUAUAUGUGAAAAACACUGAUUGAUACAACUGUUUUUUAAAUUUAAAGAGAAUAUAAUUGACUUUAAGGCAAGGUUAAGGAAAAGUUACCAAAGUUUAAUUUGGGAUAACAUUGAUGGGACAAUAUUUUACCUGGAUAGAUGUAAUAUUUAAUUGAGAUGUUUGUAAAUGUACUACUAGCCCACAACAAGGGGCUUUUAGUCAGAUGUUGGUGAUUUUAAUGCACAAAUACAGAGGAUGAACCGGUUUUAGAGAUAACGUUAGUGUAUUGUACAUUGUAGAUUGUUCCACUAGCUUCUCUUUACAGCGACUAUUGACUAACAUUUAAUUUGUUGGCAUUCCAUGUAUUUUGAUUCAGUCUAUUAAAGUUUGUAAGUCAAAUACUUUGUUGAGGUAAAUGAAAUUGUAUAUCCAGUUUUAUAAGUAACUAAGCAAAUGCAGUUUAUCAAGAAAUGUUUAUAAACAACUAUUGCAUAUAGUGCAGUACACUUUCUCUUACCUGACCAUGUUCCAGCAUAGAAUGUCAUUGUUGAUUGUAGUGAACUCUCUGAUGAUUGUGUUAUAUUCAUUUAUAUUCAAGUUGUAAAUGAGCUAAAGCAACUAUACAUAUGAAUGUUUACUAUUGAAGGAGACAGAGAUUCUUCCAGUUUCUCCCAAAAAAUGUCAUAGUAAACACAAUAGUUGCAUCAAACUGCUAAUUACUUAUUGAGCAGUCCAAUCAACAGCACAUCCAAUAGUUUUAAUUAAACAGUUCUAGCAUUCAUCGGUAUGAAAACAACAAACAAAAAUGUUUCUAUUGUUGAAACUUUACUGUUAGUUUUGAGUGUUUUGACACCAACUUUCAUUCCAAUUCUCAAACGAAUAUUCCGUUAUAAAUAUGGUAAAGUUAUUAAUUGAAAGGUUUUAUAUAUUUUCCACUAACCUUUUUAGUAUUAUAGUUUCAUAUGGUCCAAUGAGGGAUGGUUAGAGGGUGUGUACUGCAGUUGAAACUGUUUUAAUAAACACAUGUGCCAGAACUAUAAAAUAACUUGUGCUUUUAUAAACUAAUUCCAUUUGUUAAACUAGUGAGCUAAGAAUCGUGAAAGCCUUAAAAUAUGAUUUCUAUAUGUUGUUAGAAUGUGUUUUCUUACUCCAAAACUCUUUUUGGGGAAAUUCCAUGUCUAUUUUGAAGAUUUCAAUUUUUUAUGUGCAGAAUGAUAUUUGCACAAAUGAAUUAAUUUCUAGUUUUAGUUAUGGAAUUGCACAUUUACAACAAUGGUGUGCUGAAUCAAAAUACUUGCUCUUACUAGUGCAUAGUCAUUUUCUACAAUUAAUAAUAUGAGUGGCGACAGUCACUUGUAAGUGGUAAAUAGUAACAAAGGUGCUGCAAGCAUGUGUUGAGUGUGAGUGAUACUUGCACAAUUUGCUGAUGUAGGCAACCCACCUCUUUGUUCAGUUCAGCUUCUUACUAUUGCUGAAGCUAGUGACUGAUUUUGUAAUUUUGCCUUUGACUGUUAGGCACAUUUCAAAUUACUGUAUUAUUUCACCUUUUGAGUGCAAGUGUGAGCCUACUCUAUAAAACUCUUGUUAGUCUCAUCCUUUUCUCUAAUGCUAAAAGGGUUUAACUAGUAAGUACUUAAGAGUGUUUGGUAAUUUAUUUUCUUUUGUGAUGUUUAUCAAUUUUGUAAAUUCAUGGACUCCCAAUAUACAAAUCUUUUUCUAUAAAUGCUGUUAUUUUCACUAUUCUACAAACACAUAAAAUAUUUAAUUUAAACACACAUAAAAAGUAAAACAAUAGAUAAAAUUGUUACUAGAAUUUUGUAAAGGUUUUCAUUAAGCAUAAUGAAAAUUCCAAGAAGCAUAAUCCAAAUGCACCAACAUUUGAAAUACGCACCACAUGUACAAAUAUUUGUAAGUUCAAGAUGCCAUCAACUGUAACUUUGAACAAAUCCUAAACUUGAUUAAGCUCUGAAGAGCAUAGACUCCCUCUGCUUAACUACUGUACAUGUGUUGGUCAUGUGAGACCAUGCAAGAGAUAUCAAUUUUGUCUUGCAAGAGAGCUAGCUACAUAUGCAGGCAUUCCACACACUAAGUUCACACCAAAGACCGGUGAUCUUUUAAAAUGAACAGCUCACAAUCUUACUUAGAUAUAUUAAAGUUUAAAUUGUUACAUUCGCAACAAGAAUUAUUUUUACAAAAAUAGCAUCCUUUCAUUUUCUAAUAAUUAAUUGGCUGAAUUUAUUAAAGCCUACUACGCAAGAGGCUGAAAAAAUUUCAUUUUUGUCUAUUUUUCUGUUGGCACAAUAUUUCAAAAACAAAAUGACCUAUAACAAUUUUGCAUAAACUUCAUUUAAAUUUGAGGAACACUGAGUUUGAUGAUAGUGCAUGUCAGUCCAUGGCUAUUAGCUGAGCGUUAGCGAAUCUUUUUAUAUUAGUCUUAUGGGUAACUAUGAUGGCAAUGAGAUAAUAGGAGAAUAAAUAUAUUUGUAACAAAACUGAGCACAAUCAUAUAAGACUUGAAUAUGUGACAUUUUUAUUAACGGAGUAAAACAAAAAAUAAUACAAUAGAAAGUUAAUGUUAAAAGUCAGACACAACUUUUGUUGUCAGUUUAUUCUUGUGUUGUAGUACCCUCCAUAGUUCACUGGAACUCUCAUUAUUUGAUUACAACUAUGAAACUAAAAUUUAUGGACAAAAAUGUGAAUAUAUCAAGUGGUGGAUAAAAAUAUUUUAUCCGUAGAGUUCUAUUUUGUAUGAAAAUUCAUUCCCACAUAGACAAGAAUGUAUUCUACGAUGGUCCAUGUCCAAACAUGGAAUUUCACUGAGUGUAAUUUUUUUGUCAAUUUCUGUUCUGUACGAUUCUAUUUUGUGUGUCCACAAGCAAGACAUCUCGAGAAUGAAAUAAGUUAUAGAUUUGAAAUUUUGCAUGCAAACUCAGCAAAGCCUGAUGCGAUACAUGGUGUGGCAUACUCCUAUCUUGUAGCAAUAAUAAUUUUAAAAAUAAUAAGUGAAUCUAUGACAAAUGUUUAACACAAAUUUGAAACGUCUGUUCAUAUAAAAAAUGUUGUGUAUGCUUUGCAAUGGCUUAUAAUUUAUGCAAAUACUUUUCUAAAGAUUUACUUACAUUAUUAAAACCAUCUUUGUUGCUGAAUUAGAAUAACUUAAAUACAAAUUAAAUUCUUAAAAUAAAAAACAUAUAAUUUUGUUAUUUAUGAAUUCUUUAUUCAAAUUACAUCUAAUUUAUCACAAUACACAGUCUUGAGUAAUGCAUACAACUUAAAAUCACCUUUUUGAUUUAACCAAACACUCUUAACAUACUCUACCUCAAAAAUUUUGGACUAUGUUUUUGAUGAUUUGAGAAAAAGCAUUUGUUAUUUAUAUUAAAAUUUUUCUAGCUUUACCUUUUGCAAAUAAUGACAGCCGCUUCACUUGCAGGAUUUGACUGUCUUAGUUAGCACAGAAUCUAUAGAUAGUUGCACUGUAUGUAAAGGUGCAUCUACUAGGCUAGCCUCUAGCUUAACUCCUUGUAUCAGUGGUUUUAUAUUUUUACAAGGUUGUUGUUACUCGAUAUUGUGCAAAGUAGAGUGAUAAGCACACCUGGGCAGGAACUGGGUGUUGUAGAAGAAUAGAUUUUGAACCUACUCAUUGUAAACCACAGUUUAUUCACUUAACUUUAUUAACCUUGAACAGUAUUGUGAAUUGAAUGUGGUUUACAUAUUAGAAUAUAUAUUUUUUGGAAUCUGUAAAUAGUAUAGGUAGGGUGUUAUAAUUAUUUUCCCAACAGGUUUGAGAUUAAAGCAGUUAUAGGGCAAUCAACUUGUCAAUAUUUCAUAAAGAUCAAAUUAAGUUAAAACAGAAACAAGAAUACCAUAAUAUCUUUGAUUAUAUAUCCAAUAGUAUAUCAAUGUUUUAUCAGUGUGAGAGAACAGCACUUUUUAACUGUACAGCAUUCAAUUUGUGAACUCCAUUCAUUCUCAUUAAAAUUUACUGUGUUUUGGUUCAUAUAGGUAAAAUUUAUUUGGUUCAGAAGUAUAUUUCUAUAUACAUAGUUACUUGAAUAGUAACUAUGUAUUGUGUGUUACCUUUCCAUUUCGAUUAUUUGUUUACAAAUUGUAUUAAGAACAAGCCAGCUGUUUAAAUAAUAUUUAGUUACCAAAAACUAUAUGUAUUGGUGGUAAAUGUAAAAAAACUUGUUGUAAUACAUUGUGUGUGGUAAAAAAAAACAAAUGAUAUUUCAUGUUCUGUGUUCAAUUAUCAACAAUUAACAUGUUGAGUGUUUAACCUCAAUGUUAGCUCUCAAACCUGGAUUUGAUUUCAAAGUUAUUCGCCAAAGGUCACUACUACAGUAGUUCCUCAUCACUAGUUUUUGCUUAAGGUUUUACCACAUUAUUGUUGGAGAAUUUACAAUGUUUGUUAAAAAGCUACUGAGAGUUUUAUAGUUUAUGAAAUAAAGUUUACUUUACGAAAA